GAGGAGCCCCAGUCCCAGCAGCUGGAGGUGGAGGGAGCAGCCGUCGGCGCCUCUCAGUCCGGCGCUGGGCUGAGCAGGAGCCCGGGGAACGAGCCCCCCAGCCCGGCUGAAGGGAGACCCCCUGCCCCGCUCCCCCGGGGACAGGAGACCGGCCCCAGCGAGCCGGGAGCGCAGCGGGGGAGCCCAGGGCCGGCGAGCGCGGCAGCGGCCAACAGGCUCCCUGAUCCCUAUACAGAGAGAGGAGGAGAAGAAAAGACACCAGCCCUCUACUGCUCUGUCCUUGUGCCAGGCUGGGCUUGGAAUCCGGAUUCCCUCCCAAUCCCCUGCCGCUCCUGGGCUGGAAAUCCACAUUCCCCUGGUCCUGCUCUAGGAAUCUGGAUUGCACCUUUCCUCCCCCGCCCCAAGGCCAUGCAAAAGGGCAAGUGUGAACUCCUCCCCGAUCUGCCCCCAAGGCUCUCGGUGGAGCCCCAGGCAUGGCGGGGAGGCCAAGGAGACGUCCGGGUGACAGUCCGGGGGCCCAGCUCCCAGCUUGAGGAUUAUGCCGCCCCGGGGCUGGGACAGAGAAAGACCUUGGUUGUCCUGGAUAUCGUCUGUCUGCUCGUGGCCUCCGUCCCGUUCUUGGUCUGCGAGGUUGGCCUGGUCCCCCCCAUGCGCCGCGGCUUCUACUGCAACGACAGCAGCAUCCGCUACCCGCUCAAGCGGGCGGAGACCGUCAGCGACACGGUGCUGAUCUCGGUGGGGAUCCUCAUCACCUCCCUCUCGAUCUCCCUGGGCGAGAGCUACCGCAUCCACUCCCUGCGCCUGGGCUCCCGCUCCUUCGUCCCCAACCCCUACGUGGCCGUCCUCUACAAGGAGAUCGGCGCCUUCCUCUUUGGCUGCACCGUGGGCCAGUCCCUCACCAACAUGGCCAAGAUCACCGUCGGCCGCCUCCGCCCCCACUUCCUGGCCGUCUGCCGGCCCGACCUCCUCAUCCUUAACUGCUCCCGGGGCUACGUGGAGGAGUACACCUGCACUGCGGGGCCGUCGGAGGAGAAGGAAGCCAGGAAGUCCUUCUACUCCGGCCAUGCCUCCUUCGCCAUGUACAGCAUGACAUACCUGGUGUUCUACCUGCAGGCGCGGUUAACCUGGCGGGGCGCCCGCCUGCUGCGCCCCCUGGUGCAGUUCGUCCUGCUAUUGCUGGCCCUGUACACCGGGCUCACCCGCAUCUCUGACUACUGGCACCACCCCUCGGACGUGGCCGUGGGCUUCCUGCAGGGGGCGCUCAUCGCCUACUGGGUGGCCUUCCACAUCUCAGGCAUGUUCCACCACAAGCCCCCAGCCUCCCGCCUGCCCCAGCUUUGCCCCGAUAGCCCGGACUCCAGCGGCCACACCAACUGCUAGGCGUCGUGCCAGAAUGGGGGGCUGGAGGGAUCCCCCUGCUAGGACCAGCACCCAGCACCCAGCUGGCCUCCGCACGGCGGGGGGGAGAGCCAGCCCCUCUUUCUGCUCCUCCACAGAGCACGUGGUCCUACGUGCUUCCUCUCCGGCAGGGCUGGGCUUUCCUCUGUUGCUCUGGUCGCCGCCGUCUGUUUUCCAAGCACUUUAAUUUCCUCUUGAAUGCCUGCCCUGGGUCAGGCCGUCACCACCUCCCGAAAGGCUUCCUGUUGGGUGGGGUUCUCCUCUGUCCGCCGCAGGAAAUCCUGCCUUCCUUUGGCCAAGGCAUGGCAGGAAGUCUCACCUUUUUCUAACAAGGAUAUCGCAGACGCAUCGCAGGAAGUCCCACCUCCCUCUGGCAAGGGCAUGGCAGGAAAUCCCGCCCGCCUCUAGUAUGGACAUCACAGGAAGUCCCACCUUCCUGUGGCAAGGGCAUGGCAGGAAGUCCCGCCUGCCUUUGGCACGGACGUCGCAGGAACGCUGCAGGAAGGCCCGCCUUCCUUUGACAUGGGCAUUACAGGAAGUCCCACCUCUCCCCUCACCACCCCCACACACAUUGGGAUUUCCCAGAUCACUGAAGGAUUAUGACGACGAUUUGCAUGUUACGCUUUGGCCACCUUCCCAGACUCUGCUACCUGCCCCUCCAAUGAAAGGGCCCCUCCCCUCUCCGCUGCCGGGGAGGAGGGCUGUGAUUGGUGGACAGGGGGAUGAGGAGGGCGGGGAGAGCGGCAGGUGGUCGAACAUGAAGGAUGAACCACAGGCUGCUGGGCCAUGGGAGUGGGGUCCACAGGGACCGCUCAAAGGGGGCUCAUCCAUGCCACAAGUGGCUCCCUUUCUCAGAUGCUUCCGGGCUCCCCCUGGGGGCUGGACUGUGCCUCUCGCCCCCCCAUGCCCAGCUGGCCCUGAUAAUGUGAAUGGUAUUUUUGUAAUAAAUGGUACAGACAA